UGUAAGAAUGGCUCAAGACCUAGGCACGACUAAGAGUAUGAAAUUUUUUACUGAGUUGGAUGCUAUUCUGGGACACAAUAAAACAGAAAAAUCGCAACAAGAAUCCCAAGAUAGAGAACAAGCUACAGAAUGUGCCAAUGUAAAAACAGAAGAGCAUCAGACAGUCACUGCUGGAGAUACGGCUGAAGAUAACUUGCUCAGUAAUAUGUCAGAAGAACUAAGAGAGAAAGAUACAAAACGAAGUCCUGGCACAGAAGAAGAUACCAUAAGCACUGUCUCAGAAGAGGUGGGCAGCCUCACAGCACCACAAAGUGCCACUGGGUCAGGUAAUCAUAUUCCUGUAGAAGAUGCUAAAAGUCAUUUAGAGAUUGUAACAGCGAGUGACACAGAGGCUGGAAAACACUGGUGUGACAGUGAGGUCAGAGCGCUUAUACACGUAUGGUCUGACGAAAAAAUUCAGCAAAUGCUUGAAGGGGCCACAAGAAACAAAGAAAUAUUUGAGGAAAUUGCCAGAAGACUAACGCAAUUAGGAAUAGACAGAGACUGGAAACAGUGUCGUACUAAAUACAAAAAUUUAAAAUACGAAUAUAGAGUUUUACAAAGGAAAAAUGGCAACCCUCAAAGAAAAAUGAGAUUUUAUGAAGAAGUUGACUGCAUCCUAAGACGACCAACUCUCAGAACUGCCAAAUGGAAACAUGAACUAUUUGAAGGUCAUACCAAAAACCCAAGAACUUUGAGCAUCAAGAGAAAAGCAUAUGAAGAUGAACCAGCGUCUGUAUCUUUUAAGAAAACUGCUCCUGAGAUCAUUGCAAACUGGUUUCCUCAAAGCAUAACAGAAUCCAAAGAUUCUACAGAAAGUUUCUGCAGACAGGAGACCCCCUACAUGACCCAGCUUCAUCAGGUAAAUCUCACAAAUUUUUAGAAGAGGUGUGAAAA